ACACACACACACACACACACACACUCACUCUCUCUGUCUCUCUCUCUCUCUUCCCACUUGAAUCCCGGGGCAGGAACUCAGAAAACUUCCAGCCCGGGCAGCGCGCGCUUGGUGCAGGACGCAGGGGCGAGCAGCCCGUCCCCCUCCGACUCUCCGGUGCCGCUGCCGCCUGCCCCCGCCACCCGAGGAGGCGCGGUGCCACCCACUGCUCCGUCCUUUGCCUGCGCUCAGUGCCCGACCCGAUCCCGGCCGCAUCUCCCCAUCCUCCUUUUGCUUUCCGACUGCCCAAGGCGCUAUUUGUUUUCUCUCUCUCUUUCUCUUUCUUGCUCUGCGAGCGCGGAGCGGGGGGGAAGAGGAGGAGGAAUUCUUUCCCCGCCUAACAUUUCAAGGGACACAAUCCACUCCAAGUCUCUUCCAUUUCCAAGCCGCUUCCGAAGUGCUACCGGUGACCGCAACUCCCGAUCCCAAACCGAGAGGGGAGCCUCCCGACUUCAAACCCUCUUUUCCCUUUCCUUCGCUUUCCCCCUCCUCUCGCUACCUCCACCUCCACCGCCACCUCCACCUCCGGCACCCACCCACCGCUGCCGCCGCCACCAGCAGCGCCUCCUUCUCCUCCUCCCCUCUUCUCUCUUUUUGGCAGCCGCUGGACGUCCGGUGUUGAUGGUGGCAGCGGCGGCAGCCUGAGCAGCAGCAGCCCGAGCAGCACGCCAGCUCUCGCCCACCCUGCCUCAUUCACCAGCCCUACCGCCCGGUCUCCCGAAAGGUGCUGGGCACAUUUGGGGCGGCGGAGGCGAAGCGGCGGCGGCGGCGGCGGCGGCGGGAGGCAGGAUGAGCGCACGCGGGGAAGGCGCCGGGCAGCCGUCCACUUCAGCCCAGGGACAACCUGCCGCCCCGGCGCCUCAGAAGAGAGGACGCGGCCGCCCCAGGAAGCAGCAGCAAGAGCCAACCGGUGAGCCCUCUCCUAAGAGACCCAGGGGAAGACCCAAAGGCAGCAAAAACAAGAGUCCCUCCAAAGCAGCUCAAAAGAAAGCAGAAGCCACUGGAGAAAAACGGCCAAGAGGCAGACCUAGGAAAUGGCCACAACAAGUCGUUCAGAAGAAGCCUGCUCAGGAGGAGACUGAAGAGACAUCCUCACAAGAGUCUGCAGAAGAGGACUAGGGGGCGCCGACAUUCGAUUUCUACCUCAGCAGCAGUUGGAUCUUUUGAAGGGAGAAGACACUGCAGUGACCACUUACUCUUUAUUGCCAUGGUCUUUCUACUUUCAUCUGGGGUGGGCAAGGGGGGGCGGGGGCGGGGCGGGGGCUGGGGUGGGGGGAGAAAUCACAUAACCUUAAAAAGGACUAUAUUAAUCACCUUCUUUGUAAUCCCUUCACAGUCCCAGGUUUAGUGAAAAACUGCUGUAAACACAGGGGACACAGUUUAACAAUGCAACUUUUAAUUACUGUUUUCUUUUUUCUUAACCUACUAAUAGUUUGUUGAACUGAUAAGCAAGAGCGGAUGGGUGAGGAAAAAAACUCUGACUCGGGUUUAGUCAAUCACUGCACUGCACACAGACGAGAAAAGUGUCACGCUCGUGACAUCGGGCAUUCCUGUAGGAAAGGCGCGGUGUUCAACCCUGUGUGCCCCUCAGCCACCACCCAACCUGCUCGCCCUAGUGAAGCUUCUGUUUAGAACACCAAAGAUAGGACUAGAUACUACUUCUCUCUUUUUCGUAUAAUCUUGUAGACACUUACUUGAUGAUUUUUUAACUUUUAUUUCUAAAUAAGACGAAAUGCUGAUGUAUCCUUUCAUUCAGCUAACAAACCAGAAAAGGUUAUGUUCAUUUUUCAAAAAGGGAAGUAAGCAAGCAAAUGUUGCCAACUCCUAUAUUUAUGGAUAUCACACAUAUCAGCAGGAGUAAUAAAUUUACUCGUGGCACUCGUUUUCAGGAAAACACUCAUCUGGGUAGAACCUACUUCCUACAGAGCCAAAUGCCAUUUAGCAAUAAAUCACACUUGUUACCUUCAAAGCCUUUAAGGAACCUAAACAAGCAAAAUUAUCCUCUUGGUAAUUUAACGAGAAGGUACAACAGAAUAAUGCAUGAUGAACUCACCUGAAUGAUGAGGUGGGAGGAGCGAAAUCUAAAUUUCUUUUGCUAUAGUUAUACUACAAUUUAAAAACAAAAAAAGCAGUCUCUCUCUCUCUCUCUCUCUCCCUCUCCUCUCUUCAUUAUGUAUCAGUUUCCGUGAAAGACCUAAAUACCACUUACCUCAAAUCAAGCGUAUGUAUUACUUCAAGUAAUACGUUUUGACAUAGGAUGGUGGACUGAGGUGCUUGACUUUGGCUUCAGUUCACCGUCUCUUCAUUCAAACUGCACUUUUAGCCAGAGAUGCAAUAAUAUAUCCCCACUACUCAAUACUACCUCUGAAUGUUACAAUUAAUUUACAGUCUAGUACUUAUUACAUGCUGCUAUACACAAGCAAUGCAAGAAAAAAACGUAAUGGGUAGGUGAUGCUAAUCAUCUGCGGUUCUUUUUGUACACUUCAUUACAGUUAAAGAAGCAGUCUCCUUACUGUGUUUCAGCAUGGCUAUGUAUUUUUCUAUUUUUUUUAAUUAAAAUUUUACAAAUACUUGUUUCAGCUUCUCUGCUAGAUUUCUACAUUAACUUGAAUAUUGUUGUUGGUGGUGGUUUUUAACCAAGUCGCUCCUAGGUUCUUAAGGAUAAUUUUCCUCAGUCACACUACACAGCACACAAAAUUUGACUGUAAUGUUUAAAUCUUACCCUCCAAGUUUGUACCUCAAAAUGAGUUGUUUAAGGAAAUGGACUAAUUGACUUGCAAAGACCUACCUCCAGACUUCAAAAGGAAUGAACUCGUGACUUGCAGCAUUCAUUUUGGUCAGCGUCUGAAAGCGUUCAGACUGCCGCUAUCCCUAGUCCAGACUAUUUCUGUAAGAGACAUUUGAUAGAAAGGAACUCAUUUUUACAUACUUCCUGCAAAGAACUAGAUAAAAUAAAAGCCAACCUUCAAAGAAACUUGAAGCUUUGUAGGUGUGAUGCAACCAGCUCAGCUUUUGCAUGAUGCAAUCAAAAAAUAUGUGUUUUUAAGAUUCGUCGCAUAUGAGAAAAUGCUUGACAGAUAUUUUCAUGUAUUUUACACAAAUGUGAUUUUUGUAAUAUGUCUCAACCAGAUUUAUUUUAAACGCUUCUUAUGUAGAGUUUUUAUUGCUUUCUCUCCUCGUGAGUGUGCUGACUUUUUAACAUGGUAUUAUCAACUGGGCCAGGAGGUAGCUUCUCAUGAUGGCUUGUGUCGGUAUGGCUUCCAGUACUGAAGCCAAAUGAAACUCAAAACCAUCUCUCUUCCAGCCGCUUCAGGGAGGUCAUUUCAGAGGCCACAUACCUCUCUGAGACUGGCAGAUGGCUCACUGUUGUGAAUCACCAAAGGAGCUACGGAGAGAAUUAAAACUCAACCUUACUGUUAACUGUGCAUUAAAUAAGCAAAUAAACAGUGGCUCAUAAAAAUAAAAGUCCCAUUCCGUAUCCUCGGUUGGGCCUUUUCAAAACCUCAUUGGCCAGCUCAUAAAACUGAAGCAAGUUGCUCAUGUUGGCCAAACUCGGAGUACUGAGCGAUUUCCAUCUCCGAUGAAGUUACUCUUUUAUUUCCUAUACGUUGUACAAUCAAAACACACUACUACCUCUUAAGCCCCAGUAUACCUCAUUUUUCAUACUGAAAAAAAAAAAAAGCUUGUGGCCAAUGGAACAGUAAGAACAUCAUAAAAUUUUUAUAUAUAUAGUUUAUUUUUGUGGGAGAUAAAUUUUAUAGGACUGUUCUUUGCUGUUAUUGGUCUCAGCUAAGUAAGACUGGACAUUUAACUUUUCUACCAUUUCUGCAAGUUUAGGUAUGUUUGCAGGAGAAAAGUAUCAAGACGUUUAACUGCAGUUGACUUUCUCCCUGUUCCUCUGAGUGUCUUCUAACUUUAUUCUUUGUUCUUCAUGUAGAGUUGCUGUCUAUGAUUGUACUUUGAAUCGCUUGCUUGUUGAAAAUAUUUCUUUAGUGGAUUAUCACUGUCUGUUCUACACAAUAAACAUAACAGCCUCUGUGAUCCCCAUGUGUUUUGAUUCCUACUCUUUGUCAUAACUCCAUUAAAUGCAUAAUAAAGUUUGGUCAAAACAGGUCA